AUGAACAAAGUUAGAGAAAAACGUCAAGCAGAGAUUGAAGCUCAGAUGAAAGACAAAGUCAAGGGUGCUGAAGGCAGUAUUGCAGUAGCUGAAAGAUCAAUUGAAGAUGUAUCUCUUGAAGAUCUUGCUGGUGAUGACAAUGAAGAAGAUGAUGAGGAAGGAGGUGAUGACGAAGAAGAUGACGAUGAUGAAAAAGUCUUCUCUGCUAGUAGUCAUGGUUCUGAUAAUGACAAUGAAAACGAUGAUAAUCAGGGUGGUAUGGGAAUCAAAGUGACUGAACCGUCAAGUGAAAAGACUGUUGAUAAUUAUUUGAAUGAUAGUGUGAAUGAAGAAGUAGAGGGAGCUGACGGAAAGGGGGAGCAUGGUGAUGAUCAAAAUGUUGAACAAGUUGAAAAGUUAAUUUUGAGAAUAGAACCUCAUCUGGAGGAAGGUGAGCACAUACAUACGUAUACAUUGGAUGAUAUUAAAGAAAUGACACGUAUGGUGGAUGCAGACUUCAUGUUUGAUUUUGAAGAUGAAUUGAAUGCAUUCGACAUCAACCAUCAACCCGAGUAUGAGUACAAGUAUGUAGAGGAUGCUGAUGUGUAUGAUAGGGUUGAGGUUGAAGAUUGUAGUGAUGAGGAGAGUGUAGAUGAAGAUACUUCUCAGUUUCCUACACUGAUGGAGUUCUUUAGUGAAGAAAACAGAGAUGAACUAAGAAGGAAAGUGGCUGAGAUUUUGAAAGACAAUUAUUUCGAUGGUACUCCUAAAGACAUGUAG